AUGGCGUCUGGACGAAAGGAUUUCCUAAGCCAGGCUGCGCCUGAAAACUACGUCGCUGGUCUCGGUCGUGGUGCGACAGGAUUCACCACUCGCUCCGAUCUUGGCCCGGCGCGUGAAGGACCUACGCCCGAACAGAUCCAAGCUGCUUUAACCAAGAGAGCUCAGCUUUUAGGAGCCGCUGCACCUACAGCUUACGGCACCACUUCACGCGAGAAAGGCGGAAAAGACGAAGAUAAAGAGGAAGAGGAUGAGCGGUUCCAGGAUCCCGAUAACGAAGUCGGAUUGUUCGCAUACGGACAAUUUGACCAAGAAGAUGACGAGGCAGAUCGCAUCUACCAAGAGGUAGAUGAGAAGAUGGAUAAGCGCCGGAGAGCUCGCAGGGAAGCUCGAGAAAAAGCCGAACGAGAAGAUUACGAACGAAACAACCCGAAAAUCCAACACCAAUUCGCCGAUCUGAAACGCACACUUGCUUCGGUGUCUGAAGAAGACUGGGCCAACCUCCCAGAGGUUGGUGACCUGACUGGCAAGAAUAGGCGAGAUAAGCAGAAUGCUCGCCAGCGUUUCUAUGCCGUCCCGGAUAGUGUCAUUGCUAGUGCGAGAGACUCGACUCAGUAUGAUACCUCAGUUGCCGAAGAUGGCACCCAGACGGGCACCGGCGAAGGAGAGAGCGCCGACGGUACCAUGACAAACUUCGCAGAUAUCGGUGCAGCGCGUGAUAAGGUUCUCAAAGUUCGACUUGAUCAGGCUGCAUUAGGAUCCUCCGGCGACACAUCAUCUGGAAGUGCUACCAAUAUCGACCCCAAGGGCUAUCUGACUAGCUUGACACAAUCAGAAGCCAAGGCUGGUGAAGUUGAGGUGGGCGAUAUCAAGCGAGUUCGUAUCCUGUUGGAAUCCGUCACCAAGACCAACCCUAAGCAUGCUCCUGGUUGGAUUGCUCUUGCUCGUCUUGAAGAGCUUGCUGGUCGGAUUGUGGCUGCUAGGAACCUCAUUGCUAAGGGAUGUGAGCUCUGCCCUAAAAGUGAAGAUGCAUGGCUCGAAAAUAUUCGACUCAAUGAAGGUCACAACGCGAAGAUUAUUGCAGCGAACGCCAUUAAGAACAACGACCGGUCCACACGACUUUGGACCGAAGCUAUGAGAUUAGAAACGGACACUCGUGCCAAGAAGAAUGUCCUCCGACAGGCUAUUUUGCAUAUUCCGCAAUCGGUGCAGAUCUGGAAAGAAGCUGUCAACCUGGAAGAUGAUCCCGCCGAUGCGCGCCUGUUGCUGGCCAAGGCCGUUGAGAUCAUUCCCCUGUCAGUCGAGUUAUGGCUUGCACUUGCUCGCCUUGAAACCCCAGAAAAUGCACAGAAGGUCCUGAACGCUGCUCGCAAGGCCGUUCCCACAAGCUACGAAAUUUGGAUUGCUGCAGCCCGACUUCAGGAGCAGAUGGGUACAUUUGCAAAGGUCAAUGUCAUGAAGCGUGCUAUCCAGUCUUUGGCUCGAGAGAACGCCAUGCUGAAGAGAGAAGAAUGGAUCACGGAAGCCGAGAAGUGCGAAGCCGAAGGCGCGGUGCUUACAUGUGGCGGUAUCAUACAAGAAACUCUUGGAUGGGGUCUGGACGAGGAUGAUGACCGAAAGGAUAUCUGGAUGGACGACGCGAAAGCCAGCAUUGCCCGAGGUAAAUAUGAAACUGCCCGGGCUAUUUACGCCUAUGCAUUGCGGGUCUUCGUCAACCGCCGAUCAAUCUGGCUUGCAGCAGCGGACCUGGAGCGCAACCACGGCACCAAAGAAGGCCUCUGGCAGGUUCUCGAGAAGGCAGUCGAGGCAUGCCCCCAGAGUGAAGAGCUUUGGCUCCUGCUUGCGAAGGAGAAAUGGCAAUCUGGAGAUAUCGACGAUGCCCGACGAGUCCUCGGUCGUGCCUUCAACCAAAACCCGAACAACGAAGACAUCUGGCUGGCUGCUGUCAAGCUCGAGGCUGACGCCAAAAAGACCGACCAAGCCCGAGAGCUCCUGGCCACAGCCCGCAAUGAAGCCGGUACCGAUCGAGUGUGGACCAAGAGUGUCGCAUUUGAGCGUCAACUCGGCAAUAUCGACGAAGCUCUGGAUCUGGUUAAUCAAGGUCUUCAGCUCUUCCCGAAGGCCGAUAAACUCUGGAUGAUCAAGGGCCAGAUCUACGAAUCCCAGAACAAGUUCCCCCAGGCGCGCGAGGCAUACGGAACAGGCACCCGGGCAUGCAACAAGUCCGUUGCACUGUGGCUGCUUGCUUCGCGACUAGAAGAAAAAGCCGGUGCCGUCGUCCGCGCCCGAUCCGUCCUCGACCGUGCCCGUCUAGCCGUUCCCAAGAGCGCCGAACUCUGGACCGAGAGUGUGCGCGUUGAACGCCGUGCCAACAACCUCGCCCAAGCCAAGGUCCUGAUGGCCCGCGCGAUCCAGGAAGUUCCGACAUCCGGCCUGUUAUGGAGCGAAAGCAUCUGGUAUCUCGAGCCCCGCGCCCAGCGCAAGGCCCGCAGUCUGGAGGCUAUCAAGAAGGUUGAGAAUGACCCGAUUCUGUUCAUCACCGUUGCGCGUAUCUUCUGGGGCGAGCGUCGGUUGGAGAAGGCCAUGACCUGGUUCGAGAAGGCCAUUGUUUCGGAUAGUGAUUACGGCGAUGGUUGGGCUUGGUAUUACAAGUUCCUUAUGCAGCACGGUACUGAGGAAAAACGAUCAGAUGUCGUAUCAAAGUGCAUUUCGACGGAACCCAAACACGGCGAGUUCUGGCAGUCCAUUGCGAAGGACCCGGUCAACGCAUACAAGACCACUGAGGAGAUCUUGAAGCUCGUCGCAACUGCUAUCAACUAG